CCGUCCGCUCUCCCAUAGAUAAGCCAAUGAGGGCCAGACUAGUAGUUGGGUCGGUGACGACCAGCGAAUCCCUGGUGUUCUACGCCUAUAUCUAUUCCUACGGAGAGGUCAUCGUUCUUGUAACCAAUUUGACGAUGACUUCAUUCUCCGCCUCCAUGCUGCAUCCAGAAUGGGUCCCUUUUGUUGCCAUCUGGUCUCUCGCCAUAUUGGCCACCUGUACUGUUCUUCCACCAACAGUCCAGCCGUUCGCUCAUACAUGGAUUCUUAGCAUCAAACCUUGACAACUUUGUUGUAUAGUUCAUUUCGAGUAGUCAAUAGCUCUUCAACAAUCCUACUACGUGGCUGCCGUUCGAAAUCUCAGUACACCCGCCGUUUGACGCUGACGCUAUCUAUUCUACACUACAGCGGGCAGUUGGUUCCAAACGCCUAGAAGAGUAACGUCCUCUCUGAGUGAAAGAAAGCCUUACCUGUAGUUGUAAUAUCGUUGACAACCAAAGGGAUUUCGUCCCCCCAAAAGGCUCUUUUUGCAUGGGAUCCGAAUAGUAAAUAGUGUCCCGUUCAUUGCCUAGUAGCCUGCGAAAAGGUUCUCGUCUUUUUGGUUCUGGAUGCGCGGUUCAGUGACCAGACGUGGUGGACAUAGAGUUGCAGUUAACCUGAAACCGGCC